AUGCAGCUGACCACGCUCACUUUCCUCGCCAGCACCGUGGCUGCCGUGUCCGCCGCGGCCCUGACCCCCGAGCCCGAACCCGAGCUCAAGAAGUUUAGUCUCACUCCGGUGCGAGAGGACACGCCUAUCCACAAAGCGCUCCUCAGAGCGAGCAAGGAUGAUGAGCUGUUCCUGGACGGCGGCGAUCAUAACUCCCAUCAGCAGAUGUAUACCAAUAGUGCCAAAUAUAAGGAUGACGGCUCAUAUUCGGUGUCCCUAUACGUUGGCAACCCCAGCCAGGACGGCCGCAAACUAUGCAUCCCUUUCCAGGCCGAGGUUACCGAUGAGCCUACGCCGGUGUCCUGCAAGUACACCGAGCAGUAG